GCGGGUACUUGAAAUAAGGGUACGUUUACGUUUUUGGAACUCGUUGAACGGCCGACGGCUGGAUCGGAUAAAACGACGAAGCCCUCCACUGAUUGAUCGCGGGGUUUCUGGCGUCUCCAUGUCGCCGGCAUCCAUGGCGUCCGCAGCCUGCGUGGACGAGAUCUCCGCCGCUGGGCUGUUCCUUCGCGCCGUUGCGAUGGUGCCAGCCGCCCACUACCUCGCGGCCUCCCUCCUUGUCCUCCUCAGCCUCUUCUACAACUUAUUCGAGUUCCAUUUCUUGAGAGACCUCCUCCAUGGGUUCAGGGGGGAUCCGGUGGUCCUCACCUUCAAUCCGGCUUCCAAGAUCUACGAGGGAGUCGUCUCCAAGUGUCGUAUCUUUCAUCGGAGGUAUUUGCCCACGCCGUGGCUCGCGAGCCCCCAUCUGCAGACUGCCUUCCUGCAUUUCUUCGGGAGGCCUCCGUGCGUCACGUAUCGAAGGCAAUUAUUCUCUGUGCGUGAUGGAGGAACCAUUGCUUUGGAUUGGUUGCUUGCAUCUGACGUUGCAGGAGGUUAUUCUAACAUGGACAAGGUCAUAUCUAAAGAUGAUACUGCUCCUCUUGUUAUUGUGAUCCCUGGUCUAACAAGCGAUUCUGCUUCUCCUUACGUAAAGCACUUGACAUAUGUGAUGGCAAAACAGGGGUGGAAUGUUGUUGUGAGCAAUCAUCGUGGCUUGGCCGGCAUCUCCAUCACUGAUAAGGCAAGGUUUGAACGAGUUACUUACUUACUUAUAUGCAUCACUUCCAGGCACUGGUCUCAUCCAAUAUUAGUGUCUGAUUGCUUCUAUAAUGCUGGAUGGACUGAAGAUGUUCGGGAAGUCAUCAAUCACCUUCAUCAGGAAUAUCCAAAAGCUCAUAUCUUUGCUGUUGGAACGAGUGUUGGUGCUAAUAUUCUGGUGAAGUAUCUUGGAGAAGAUGAGGACAAUACACCUGUUACUGGGGCUGCAUCUAUAUGUUCUCCAUGGGAUUUAGUGGUUUGUGACAGGUUUCUUACUCGAAAGCCAGUCCAACGACUUUAUAACAGAGCCCUCACAAUGGGUCUCAAGGAUUAUGCAAAAUUACAUAAGCCUGUGUUAGCUCGACUAGCAAACUGGGAGGGUAUAAGAAAGUCAUGCUCAGUCCGGGAAUUCGACAGCCAUGCCACUUGCCUUGUUGGAAAGUUUGAGACGGUGGAUACAUUCUAUCGCUGCUGUAGCAGUGUGAAUUUUACUGGGAAUAUAGUUGUGCCACUUCUGUGCAUCAGUGCAUUGGAUGAUCCACUUUGUACAAAGGAAGCAAUUCCUUGGGAUGAAUGCAGGGCAAAUAAGAACAUUGUUUUGGCUACUACUGCUCACGGUGGACAUCUGGCAUAUUUUGAAGGCCUAACAGCACAAAGCUUGUGGUGGGUUGAAGCUGUCCGUGAGUUCCUUAGUGUUCUACAUACUAGUCCAUUCAUUCAUGGACAGAAAAAGGCUCCGACUCAUGGCUUGCAUUCUUUGCUUGAGUCAUCCAUCGACAAAGUCCCAUUUGUAAAUGUCAUGGAAGAUGGAAUGGUAGCUGCAAUGACAAGUGAUGAAGCACACGAUGAGCACAAAGAGGACUUACACAAUCCAAUAAAUCAUGACAUGAAACCCGAGAAUGAGGUUGCUUAUGGAGACCAAAGUGGAGAUAGAACAGAGGUUGAUGCAGACCUUCAGCAGUCUGCUGUUUCAUUAGGGCAAGGAGUCGAGGAAGAGAGUUCUGACAAUGCUAUCCCUGAUGUGACUGCUUCAGUCACGGGUUCCAUGAAUCAGCUCUCUCGACGUUAUCGGACAUCAUUGUGGUUGCUAACCUAUAUUGCAAUUGUUACAACUUGGCCUCUAGUUGGUUCGGUGCUUCAUAAUAUCUUUAGGAAGAAGCUUAAAGGAUUCCUACCAGCAGCAUGGAUCAGAAGAUAACUGCUUGUACUUUGCUUUUGAGCAAAGGAAUAUUUUUUAUUAUACAUCUGCUAUUUGUGGCAAUAAGUGGCCUACAGCCAGGAAAGAGAAAAGAGUGUGUGCUUGUUUGUUUAAACUAUUAAUCAAUUCUUGGAACUUCCCAUAGCAAAAUAUAGUUUUCUUUUAGCAGGGAAGGUGUUUGUAAAUUUCAAGUAGGAGAAUAUUUUGUAGAAUAUGUGGCUCACAAGCUUGUUGGUCUUGAUAUGAACCUCACUCCAACUUCCAUUGAAGUGUUGGCUUUAUUGUCUUCCGGUAAUUGGUUGUACCAUCAGUGAUCGAGUGCUGUAAUCUUCAACCAUUCCAGAAGCAGAUGACAAUCUAAAAUGUAUGUUUUACUUUA